AUCAAUCACAAUUCUGAGAGCUUGCUCUUAAGGUUUCAAUUUUUAAUUUUGUUUUUGUUUUUGGCUUGUUUGUAAAUUGUUGUCUGGGGGAGAAGGAAAAAAAUAAAGUUACAUCUUUGUUGUUGUUGUUCUCUCUUUUAUUUGUUUAUUAAUCGUCAUCAUCACCAUUCUGCUUUUAUUAUUGAAUUUUUGGGUUGUGAGGGAGAGAAGUCAUAAGAAGAAGAAAAGGGCCACCGCCUAAACAAAAGAACAGAGGCCAAAGCCAUCGUCUUUGAGCUUUAAUUGGAUGGUUUGAGGAGUUUCAAGCAAGUUUUUGUGGUGUUGGGGAGGUGGGUUUGGUUUGGAAUUGUGAUUGUGAUUGGAGGUGAUUUAAGGUGGUGGUGGAUGUGGAGGAUUUAAGCUCCAGAGUAGUUUGUUUUUGAUGGAGAGGUUGUGCUGUUUUAGUGCUUCCAAUUCUCAGUACGGAGGACGGUCAGCAUCGAGCUCCGGCAAGGGGAAAAGCAAUGAGGGUUUGAUUAAGUAUGGUUUCAGUCUGGUAAAAGGAAAAGCUAAUCAUCCUAUGGAGGAUUAUCAUGUUGCUAAGUUUGUUAGGACGCAGGGCCAUGAGUUAGGAUUGUUUGCUAUAUAUGAUGGCCAUCUGGGAGACACUGUGCCUCAAUACUUACAGAAGCAUUUGUUUCCGAAUAUUCUUAAGGAGGAAGAAUUUUGGGUCGACCCCAACAGAUCUAUCUCAAAAGCCUACGAGAGGACAGACCAGGCAAUUCUCUCUCAUAGCACUGACUUGGGGCGUGGCGGGUCUACUGCUGUUACUGCAAUAUUGUUAAAUGGUCAGCGGUUAUGGGUGGCCAAUGUCGGAGAUUCACGAGCAGUUCUUUCAAAGGGGGGUCAGGCAGUACAGAUGUCAAUUGACCAUGAACCAAAUACUGAACGAGGCAGCAUUGAAAACAAAGGUGGCUUUGUCUCAAACAUGCCAGGAGAUGUACCUCGAGUAAAUGGGCAGCUGGCAGUUUCUCGCGCUUUUGGAGACAAAAGCCUCAAGUCGCAUUUACGAUCAGAUCCAGACAUACAGGAUACUUACAUAGACACAAAUACAGAUGUUCUCAUUCUUGCCAGUGAUGGCCUCUGGAAGGUCAUGGGUAAUCAAGAGGCAGUUGAUAUUGCAAGAAAAACGAAAGAUCCUGUGAAGGCGGCUAAGGAGUUAACAGCUGAAGCUUUGAAAAGAGAUAGUAAAGAUGAUAUAUCUUGUGUUGUUGUUAGAUUUAGGGGAUGAUACAAAUAAAAACCAUAUUGCAUAUUAGCAAUAAUUGAAGUUUCUUCACAUGCAAGGAAAGGUUGAUUCAUGAAUCGGUUACACAGCAACAAAUACAUGCUUCGUUCAGGUUACUGUUACUGAACUCUGCAGCAUGGAAUUUGCGAAAGGAAAAAAAAAAAGAAGGGGAAAAGUAUGGGAGUGCUUCCUUCACUGUAAAUUUAAUUUCUUUAUUAUGCUUUUGGCGUUUGGUAUUGUUUGAAUUCUUUGAGAAGGUGAAUUAGUCUGCUGUAUAUUGGAUUUUACUCCAACAAAUGACCAAAGGCGGGUAUGUAGACGACUUGUUUCCGUUUGUGAUUUGAGGAAUGCCUUUUGUUUUGUACUCAGUUAAUUCAAAAUUGCUAAGAAGUGGCCAUAUCUAGCUGGGAAUUGAAUGUUUCAAUUCUUUUUGUUUAUACAGGUUCUCUCUCUUUAUUGUGUU